GUGGAAAUUCAAAUCUUUUUAAUAAUUAAUGGCAUUUGUUAAGCUUGUUAAAGGAAAACCAUAUUUCAAAAGAUUCUAAACUCAAUUCAGAAGAAGAAGAGAAGGAAAGACUGAUUAUUAUGCAAGAAGCAGAAUGAUCGUAUAAGACAAGGAUAAAUAUAACUCACCAAAAUACAGAUUUGUUGUUAGACACACAAACACAAAGAUCAUUUGCUAAGUGAUCUAUGCUACCUUAAAGGGAGAUAAGGUUGUGGCUGCUGCUGAAUCUACUGAAUUAAAGAGAUUUGGUUUAACAAGUGGUUUAACCAAUUAUGCUGCUUCAUAUGCCACAGGAUUAUUAUUAGCCAGAAGAACACUUAAGGCAUUGAAGAUGGAUAAAUUCUAUGAAGGAAAUAAAACUAUUGAUGGAAACUUAUAUGAUGUUGCUGAUAAGGAAAACCCAGAAAGAAGACCAUUCUUUGCUGUUCUUGAUAUUGGUUUGGUUAGAUCAACUCUUGGUAAUAGAGUAUUUGCUGCCUUAAAGGGAGCUGCUGAUGGUGGAAUUCACAUCCCACACAAUAACAGAAGAUUCCCAGGAUUCUCUGUUGAUAAUGAUAAGAAAGAAAAAUAUGAUGCCAAUGUUCACAAGGAUAGAAUCUUUGGUGUUCAUGUAGAUAAAUACAUGGCUCUUUUAUAAAAGGAGAAGAAGACAAACAAAGAUGGAAGAUCUAAGUUUGAUGUCUAAUUCCAUAAUUGGGAAUAAACCUUAAAGACUGUAUUUAAUUAUAUAAUAUAAAUAGGCUGGUGUCAAAUCUGUCUAAGAAUUAUUCAAGAAGAUUCACGAUGAAAUCAGAAAGAACUGUGAUAGAGUAAAGAGAGGUGUUAAAUAAAAUCCAAAGAGAGAUCACACCAAAUUCAGAGCAAAGAGAUUAAAUGCUAAAUAAAGAAGAGCUAAUGCUUUAAAGAAGAUCGAUAUUGCCACCAAAUAAGCUGCAAAAUUAAAGAAGAAGGCAUGAUUUCAUUUAUAUUUGGUACAUUAUAAAAAUAUCCCAAUUUUAAU